AUGCGUACCUCGCCCAACAUCAUCAUCACCGGAACUCCCGGAGUGGGAAAGACAACCCACUGCGAGCAGCUUGCGUCAAGCACUGGUCUCACUCACCUCAAUGUCAACAAGGUCGUGAAAGAGCGCGACUGUGAGGAUGGCUUCGACGACGAGCUCAACAGUGUCAUUGUCGAUGAGGACAAGCUCUUGGACGCCAUUGAGUCCGACCUCGAAGCUGGUGGUCAAAUCAUAGACUGGCACGCCUGCGACAUGUUCCCUCAGUCCAUGAUCGACCUCGUUGUCGUCGUCCGUUGCAAUAGCACCGUCCUCUACGAUCGUUUGAAGAGUCGUGGCUACAGUGACAAGAAGCUCGACGAGAACAUGGACGCUGAAAUUAUGGAGGUCCUCCUGCAAGAGGCACGCGAUUCUUACGAUGAAGAAAUCGUCGUCGAGUUACAGAGCGACGACCUCGACCAAAUCGAUGAGAACCUCGAGCGUAUCCAGACUUGGAUCGAAAACUGGAAGAAAGAUCACUCCGAAGCAUAA